AGCCGAGAUCUGUUUCCGGAAACAUGGAGGCGGUAGUGAGCGAUGUGGUAGCUCCAGAAGACCUUUUAAAAUUUGAGAAGAAAUACAACAAUGAGCUGGUGAAGGGAGCCGUCUCCAGAGAAACAAAGUUUGAGUAUGCCUGGUGUCUGAUCAGGAGUAAAUACACAGAGGACAUCAAGAAGGGGAUUGUGCUCUUGGAGGAACUUGUUCAGAAAACAUCAAACGACGACUCCCGGGACUUCUUGUUCUACCUUGCGGUGGCCAACUACAGACUCAAAGAAUAUGAGAAAGCCCUGAAGUACAUCCGAACUCUUCAAAAGAAUGAACCGGGGAACAAGCAGGCUCAGGAGCUGGAGAAACUCAUCGUCAAGGCUUUGAAGAAAGAUGGCUUGGUUGGCAUGGCGAUCGUCGGGGGAAUCGGUCUGGGCGUGGCCGGUUUGGCGGGCCUCAUCGGCUUGGCUGUGUCAAAAGGAGCUGCUAAAUCCUAACCUGGACAUGGAACGACAUGUCUUCACUUUGCUGGGCUGACACAGUGACUCUCCACUUGCAUAAAUAAAAGUAUAUUUUGUGGAGAGAGCUUGAUGGAUGUAACAUUUUGAUUUGAAGUUGAGUAUGCGCCGCAACACAUUAAAGGUAUUGAAUAAUGCCAGUGAAUAACCAUUAUUAACAGGGUUGAGAUUUACCAUACAUAUGACAUUACUAAGUUGUUUAUUCACCCACAUAGCAUUGCACUUUCUCAUUACUUGUGUAAAUAAAUAAGGAUGGUCUAAAAG